ACCCCGGAAGUCACUGGUGUAGUUUUCGAACGCUCGCUUUCAAGAGGCUGUCAUAGGGGGAAAACUACAACUCCCAAGUAGAACGCUUCAGAACCCUGUUACGUAAUGACCCCUCCGCGCUCCCGUCACCUUCUGUUUGCUAAGCAGCUAUCCACACGGGACAGUGGGUGUAAUGGGUGGAUACUGACGCCCAUAAUAGCAAAAAAUUACCCGUGUGUCACAACAAUACAAUCCUUAAAAUCGCAGCCAUGUUCGGCCGGUCACGGAGCUGGGUUGGAGGACCGGGGAAACCGAAAAACAUCCAUUCCUUGGACCAUUUGAAGUACAUGUACCAUGUCCUGACCAAAAACACCACAGUGACGGACAACAACCGAAACCUUCUAGUGGAGACCAUCCGCUCCAUCACAGAGAUCCUCAUCUGGGGGGACCAGAAUGACAGCUCUGUAUUUGAUUUCUUCCUGGAGAAGAACAUGUUUGCCUUCUUCCUGAACAUCCUGCGGCAGAAGUCGGGGCGCUACGUGUGCGUCCAACUCCUCCAGACUCUCAACAUUCUGUUUGAGAACAUCAGCCAUGAGACUUCCCUUUAUUACCUUUUGUCAAACAACCACGUGAACUCCAUCAUCGUCCACAAGUUUGACUUCUCGGAUGAGGAGAUCAUGGCCUACUAUAUCUCCUUCCUCAAGACUCUGUCACUCAAACUCAACAACCACACCGUGCACUUCUUUUACAACGAGCACACUAAUGACUUUGCCCUGUACACCGAGGCCAUUAAGUUUUUCAACCACCCUGAAAGCAUGGUCCGCAUCGCAGUCCGGACCAUCACACUCAACGUCUACAAAGUUUCAUUGGACAAUCAGCACAUGCUGCACUACAUCCGAGAUAAGACGGCGGUCCCGUAUUUCAGCAACUUGGUCUGGUUUAUUGGCAGCCAUGUCAUCGAACUGGACAAGUGUGUGCAGACAGAUGAAGAACAUAGGAACAGAGGGAAGUUAAGUGACCUGGUAGCGGAGCAUCUUGACCACCUGCACUACCUGAACGACAUCCUCAUCAUCAACUGUGAAUUCCUUAACGACGUUCUGACCGACCACCUCCUCAACCGCCUGUUCCUGCCCCUCUAUGUCUACUCUUUGGUUAUCCCUGAGACGUCCGAAGAGCGAAAGAUUAACCCUCAGGUGUCCCUCUACCUGCUGUCUCAAGUGUUUCUGAUCAUCCACUAUCAGCCACUGGUCAACUCGCUGGCCGAAGUCAUUCUCAAUGGAGACCUGUCUGUCUUCACCCCACAGAUGGAUAUACACAGCGCACACAAGAAUACGGCCAGUGCAGGAGGUGUGCGUCGCUUCACCAAGCCCCCGGAGUCUCUGGAGCGCUCCCUUGAGCUGUCUCGCCAUCGCGGCCGCAAGAGAACUCAGAAGAGGCCAAACUACAAGAACUUGGGCGAGGAGGAGGAUGAGGAAAGGACUGGGGGAGGAGGUGGAGGAGUAGAGGAGGGCUGGGACGACGAGGCCAAAGGCGGAGAAAGAGAGGGAGGCCGAGAGAGGGAGAAGGGAAAAGGUACAGAGGGAGGAGGAGGAGGAGGAGGAGGAGGAGGUGGGAGUUCUAAGGGAAGCAGAGCGAGUGGGGAGACGGCGGAAGAGAUAGAGAUGGUGGUGAUGGAGAAGUGUAAGGUGUCGGAGCUGACGGAGCAGAACAUCACUGAUGAAGAGAAGACCGCUGCAGCCACCCGCACACACACACAGAGGAGCAGACCGUUCUUAGACAUGGUGUACAGUGCUCUCGACUGCAACAACGAUGACUAUCACGCCCUGUUCGUCCUCUGCCUGCUGUACGCUGUCUCACACAGCAAAGGUAUAAACCGAGAUCUUCUGGAGCGUCUGCAGCUACCUGUUCCUGACCAGGAGAAGAGUUCCUACAGCCUGGUGCUGGUCGAGAGACUGAUCAGAGUUAUGAGUCAUGCCGCACAGCCAGAUGGUAAAGUGCGUCUAGCUACUCUGGAGCUGAGCUGCCUUCUAUUAAAGCAGUCUGUGCUUUCUGGAAACAACUGUUUAAUCAAGGAUGUACAUCUGGCCUGCCUGGAGGGUGCUAGAGAAGAAAGUCUGCAUUUACUGCGGAGAUUCUACAAGGGCGAGGAUAUCUUUCUGGACAUGUUUGAAGAUGAAUACAGGAGCAUGACGAGUAAACCGCUGAAUGUGGAGUAUCUAAUGAUGGAUGCCUCAGUGCUGCUGCCACCCACCGGUACCCCUCUGACUGGUAUCGACUUCGUCAAGAGACUGCCCUGUGGAGACGUGGAGAAGACACGCAGGGCGAUCCGGGUGUUCUUCAUGUUGAGGUCCUUAUCGCUUCAGCUUCAGGGAGAACCUGAGACACAGCUGCCUCUGACCAGAUCUGAAGACCUCAUCAAGACAGAUGAUGUCUUAGACCUCAACAACAGUGACCUAAUAGCCUGCAUGGUGGUCAGUAAAGAUGGCGGCCAGGCCCAGAGGUUCCUCGCUGUAGACGUGUACCAGAUGAGUCUGGUCGAGCCAGAAACAAAGCGCCUCGGAUGGGGUGUGGUCAAGUUUGCCGGCCUUCUGCAAGACAUGCAGGUGUCUGGCGUCGAGGACGACAGCAGAGCAUUGAACAUCGUCAUCCAUAAGCCCAGCUCCAACCCCCACGCCAAGCCCCUGCCCAUCCUGCAGGCCAACUUCAUCUUCGCCGACCACAUCCGCUGCAUCAUCGCCAAGCAGAGGCUGGCCAAGGGUCGCAUCCAGGCCCGACGCAUGAAGAUGCAGAGGAUUGCGGCUCUGUUGGACCUGCCUGUGCAGCCCAGUGCGACGGAGGUGUUGGGUUUCAGUCAGACAGCCAACGCUUCACCCAGUGCCAUGCCGUUCCGGUUCUACGAGCAGUCGAGACGGGCGCCCAACGACCCCACGGCCAGUAGAUCAAUGUUUGCCUCCGUGGAUAAAGUACCAGGUUUUGCAGUGGCUCAAUGUGUGUCGCAGCACAGUCCCUCGCCCCUCUCCUCCCCCUCGCCUCCCUCCAGUGGGAGUGGGAGCACAGGAAGAUGUGACUCUGUAACUGCAAGCACAAUAUCAGCUCAGAGCCCCACAGAUGAUGGUACGUUCUUGGAGCACACCCCACCCUCCUUCUCAGGCGGAGAAGGGGAAGGAGGAAGUGGAGAAGUAACGCUAGUCUCCUCUCCUCCCUCGGCACCAGUCACGGCCCUCGCCCCGAGCCUCACUCCGGCGUCCCAGCCCACCAUCUCCCUCCUCACCGAUGGCAACGCCGAGACGCUCAGCGUGGAGUCGCUCACGCUGCUGCCCCCAUCGGACUCACCGCACCUGCACCCCUGCGCCAGCCACAUUCCCCCAACGCACUCCCUCCAGAGACCAGGUGCCUCCACCGCAGAGGAGGAGGGUGGCGGAGAGAGAGAGGGACAUAGGAAAGGUGAGCCAAGAGACGAGGAGGAGCUGCCGGAGGAAGAGGGGUCGCCGACGGACGAGACUGUAAAAGAGCAAACUCCCACUGACGAGGAGGGAGAGGACGAGGCAGAAGGUGAAGACGCAUCUCCAGAGGUGAACAGAGAACAACUCUCUGCUGCAGAGCUGCGAGAAAGAUACGACUCAGCGGAUCCAGAGUAUGCAGAGAACACUGAAGAUGCAGAGAUGUUCACUGAAACGCCAGACUCACCUGAACUGGAUUAAGCAACACACACACAAUCAUGUUCAUGCACUUCAACACAAACUAAGAGGACAGUGACGUGUGCUAGUUAAACUAUCCAGCGUGGCUGAAGUAUAUUUUCAUGUUGCGACCUGUAGAUAGUGAGUGAUGUGAAUAGUCUGAUCUUGGAGGCAUCUCAACGUUUUUGUUUGCACAUGAGGAGAGACUCUUUAUACUCCGAGAGAAACAGAGGACGGCACACUGGUCAAACCUCGCAAAAGGCUUAAAGCACAUUUUGGGUUUCUGUUCAUUUGAGUGUGUCCGUCUGUGUUCUUAGUAAGCGUGUGUAAAGACGCGCAACCAGCAACGUUUUUUACUCAUUCUGAUCGAUUGUUCGUCGGCUCAAAGAAAACACACACACACACACACACACACACACACACACACACACACACACACACACACACACACACACACGCACACACAUACGCCACACGCUGCUGCAGUGAGCUGUUCACCCACAGAUGAGUUCCGUGUCUUAUGUUCACCACUCAUGUUUUGUGGUGUUGGUCAUUUCUAUGCUAACACACACACACAUGCUAUACAUACAGUCCACACGGAGUCAACUGCACUUGCCUUUUAACCUCUGCAUGUCAGACCCGUUAGCAGUAACUGCCGCCUAGAGCUGCCAUUGGGAAGGUGUGUGUGUGUGUGUGUGCGUGUGUUUGUAGGGUUGUGUAUGGGCUUGAAUGAUUCAGCCACCGUGGAUGUGUGUGUUUUUUAUUGAGCUGUUAUUGUUCCAGGUGUAGAGUAACGAUCCAUUAAUUCCCCGUUUACUUAUUAGGACGAUUAAAUAAAAAAAAUAUUAAAUAAUCUGCAGCAUCUUGAGCAGAGAGGAAUCAGGUCUCAUACCGUGAACAUUAAUUUGACCUUAGCGCUAAGUAGUAGCUCAAAAAAGAGUUGUCCCCUGCUAGUAAACAUUUAGAUUCAUUUAUCUUCGGUUGCGUGUUACGGUGUGUGAAAGCAGCUUUUUGAUCACAACCAGCAAAAACCGUUUGUUUCCAUCAUAGUUUAUGUUGAUCUCUUGAGCUGACAGUUUAGUACGGGUUGCUUGAGUGCCGUGGAGCAAAGCACAUUUUUUUCCCUCACAUAUGCAACAGUAUUCAACAAACCUUGUUGUUUUCCAUUUCCAGUCUAGAUCAACUUCCUUCCCAUAACUGUACUGUUGUGUGGGUGUGUGUGUGUGUGUGUGUGUGUGUGUGUGUGUGUGUGUGUGUGUGUGUGUGUGUGUGUGUGUGUGUGUGUGUGUGUGUGUGUGUGUGUGUGUGUGUGUGUGUGUGUGUGUGUGUGUGUGUGUGUGUGUGUGUGUGUGCGUGUGUGAUUCACAAAGCUGAUUCGCUGAAUGGAGCUGAAUAGAGUAGUAACUCAUAAUGGAUAGCAGUUCAAUGAGUAGUAGUAGUAGUAAAUAAUUCACAGAGUCAGUCAUUAGUUCUCUUCAUAAAGCCUUUAGCCUCAGCGACACGGUGAGCUGCUGUUUAACUGGAUGAGAAGCUCGGUGUUGUUUGAUAUAUUUAGACAUUUAGACACACAGUUGAUUUGCUCGAUUGAAUCAAACGCCGGUAGCCUCACAGAGCGAUGUACUAGUCCUCCGUUUGAAAUCAAAACAGCCGUGUCUUCAGGUUGGCACUCUGCCACAACAACACUGGGUUGAAUGUAUGAGCCGGUUGCCCCUCAGGAACUGACCUGAGCUCAGUUUUACUCUCCAUGUAUCGCUCUCAACACUCAACACGACAGGGAAACAGGAUGCUGAAAACGAUAGUAAAAAAAAAUAUACAUCUUUUUUCCGCCAUACAACUAUUGGUGACCCAUGAACUACCCAUCCUCCAGGAAAGACUAGUGGGAGUUUUAUUUAGCAUAAAGCAUAGUGUUGGGAUUAGUUUAUCAUCCCAAAGUCCACACACAGCUGUGUUUACAACUUGGAAAGAUUCCAAACAGAAACAAAAGGAAAACCAACGUCGAUUUGUGCUCUGAGGUCAGUGUAGAGGGGCAAAAGCUGUCCUCGCCCUCCUUUAAUCAGCUGGAUAAAGCUUUACUACUGCAAUAAUCAUAAGAGCUAACCAAUGAGGGGAGAGAUGAAUGUAACAGACGACUUAUCUCUGUUGUGUUAUUUAGUCCUUUCCAAUGGGAUCGUUGUAUUUUAUCCUUUAUUCACGACUUCAUUUGUAAAUCUUAGGAACAAAAGCAGUGUAACGGAUUCUUUCGAACAUACUUUCUCUCUCUCAUCCGUUUUAAAACUUCUUCCUUUUCUCUUCUGCCUUUGCUUCCCAGCUCUUUUCUGCGCCGUUAUCUCAACAGCUCAAGUCUUAAUGCUCUAUCAUUCUUAUGUUUCUAAACUCUGUACAGUCACCGACAAGUUUAUAAAGGAGAAAUUCAGAGCAAUACUCUUGUUUUUUGGAGUCUCUCUCUUUCCAUCUUGCCACUGUAAAUAGCAGAAGAAUGAUAGUGAUGAUCACUGGCGUGCUGAAGAGGCUUGGCACAAUUUGUGGAGCAGCUUCCGAUGGUUUGAAGGAACCAUGCCGCCAUGUUUGAGGACGACGUGGCCGUAUGUCUCCGGUAACCAACGGCAACCGCUGUACUAAAAUGUCAUGUCAAGCUUCCAUUAAGUCUCUGAUUGUAGUGUGUGUGUAUGUAAUAUGUUUAUAUGCUCUGUACAUGCUUUUUUGCUUUUAAACCUGUAAUUAUUGUUAAUGACCUGAAACAGAGGAAUAAAUAAAGAACUGCAAUAAAUUAUUCUAC